CAGUGGAUUUCUCAGAAAUGACAACAAACGGAACCGGUAAAAGUCAUUUUGGCAUUUAGCAGUGCUGCCAAACUACUGCACAUUUGUGGUUGUCAUAUUUCGUGCAAUUUCUUUAUGUACUCUUCAUUUGCUGUAAAAUAAUUAAAAGUGUGAAGAAGUUUAGAUUAAAGUGUUGUAUUGGUUUUCUGCAUCGUCAAAGAGCAGAAAAUUGCCAAAAAAUUAUAGUUCAUAAAUAUAUAUUUAUAUACAUAUAUAGGUAUAAAGAGUGCAGCAGCCGCAAUUGUGUGCCCAAGCGAAAGAUGGGGAAGCAGGUGUCUAAGUAAAAGUAGAUAAGCAACGUCUGGAAGCAGUUUCCUUUGCUUUAUAACGCAGACAAAGAAAAAGCAACCGCAAUAAUAUAAAAAUUUACCCUCGUGUGGGAAAAAGAACUCACAAACAAGUCGAAGAAUCAACAAUAGCAGCAGAGCUGUGACGACGACAACGACGACGUCGCCGUUGACUUACGAAAAAAGUCGUGAAAAAAGUACAACAUCUGCAAUAGCAGCAGUUUUGCAAAGACAAACGCCAGCAGCAGGCCUAUACGCAAAACAGCCAAAAAAAAACUACACAAAAAUGUUCAUAUUGCAAAGCUAAACAACAAUUUGCCACUUUUCCCCACAAUUUUUUUUUUGUUUUGGUUUUUUGCAUAAUUUAAAACUUUCUUACGUCGACUUUUAAUUUCUUCCUGUGCCUCUUCAAAGCCGGCGCACACACACAUCGCUUGCCGUCAACUGAGUGCGCCGCAUACCUUACGACCAACCUGCCGGUCGACCUACUUAUAUAGAGUAUUUGGUGAAUAUUACUUCAUAUUCAUAUAUAUAAUCGUAAUCUAAAGCAAUUUGGGCUCUACUGAUUUCACAAGUUCUUGAAAGUUUGCUAACCACGCGUUCUCCCAAAAAAGCUAAAUUUUCUACGAGAUUAUAUAUAUACACAUAUAUUGCUGUAAUUGAAUUGCAAAAUUAUUUAAAGAUGGUCAAGGAAAAGCCAAAUUCUACACGAAUUUAUGACAAGGAUGGCUUUCGUCGUCGUGCCGCUUGCAUUUGUGUGCGCUCCGAUGCCGAGGCAGAGGUGCUGUUGGUGACUUCGUCACGCCGCCCGGAAUUGUGGAUUGUGCCCGGCGGCGGUGUUGAACCCGAAGAGGAGCCUUCGGUAACGGCUGUGCGUGAAGUGCUCGAAGAAGCCGGCGUUGUGGGCAAGCUUGGGCGCUGUUUGGGUGUUUUCGAAAAUCGCGAGCAUAUGCAUCGCACCGAAGUGUUUGUUAUGACUGUCACCAAUGAAUUGGAGGAGUGGGAAGAUUCGCGUAGCAUUGGCCGUAAACGCCAAUGGUUUUCCAUCGAUGACGCGUUGACACAGCUGGCGCUGCAUAAACCGACACAACGGCACUAUUUAAUGCAGCUAAGGCAUUCAAAAAGUAAUACGACCGCUUCGAAUACACCACCAGCAUCGCCUACAGCAACAUAAGGAUAAUGUAGUAGUUUUGUCACAACCCACAAUGCGCAUAGCUGCAGCGUAACUACACACGUGUGCGGCGACACGUGCACUGUAGACUUAAAGUGACACCCACAAAACAUAUAUUAGCAUGUAAAAACACAUAUACACGCAUAUUUGGUGCGUCGGUAUUGGCGCGCAUCACCAACAACAACAGUUGCUGUUAGGCACACUGCAGCGCUUGUUAAUAGCUCUAAUGUUACACUUAAAUUUCUUAUUAUUUUGGCUAAUUUGCACACAACUCACUUUCAUCAAAAUUUACUUUUGUAUUUUUUUUUUGUUUUGUUAUUUUCUAAGUAAAAUGCAUGCAAUAUGCAAACACACGUACACACAAUUAAGUAUACAAAAUCAUUACCAUUUGCUUAUGCCGUAAAGUGAAACAUGUUAUAAUAUUCAAAUAGUAUUUAGUUGAAAAAGUUUUAUUUUGAAUUAUGCAAAACACCAUAGACUCGUAUAAAAUUAUGCUCCACAUCAAACAACAAUAUUCAUCACUAACGUUAAGAUACUUUUUAAUACUGUAAUAAAGUCUAUAAUAUUUAAGUUGAACAAAGUCAAAUGUAAAGCAACUGCUUGCAAGUCGUCUGAAAAAAACAACAACAAAAAGUUAAGAAAAAAAAACAAUUUUUUUUUGGUAUAAUAUUCAGUUUUAUUUAGAAUAACAAAAAAAAAGUCAGAAAAAAAAUUUAAAAAAUGCAAAAGCGCCACACAACGUUAUAAAAGUAAGCCGUUUUGUUGACUUUAACUGAAACGCAAUUCUAGUUUGUUUGAAAUACCAAAUUUCACGCAGUCAACGUACAUAACUAAAUACAAAUAAAAUAGCUAUUUUCAUAAAAAAACAAUUAUAAUAUAAAAUAAAAAUAACGAAAUUAAGGGAAAGGCUACACAAUGAUAACAAUGACGCAAUUGACGCAAAUAAUAAAUAGAUCAAGUCAAUAAAGAAGAAAGUUUAAUUGAAAACUUUAAACAAAUUGCACAUUUUUGUAAAUUUCUACCUAGAUUUUCUACUAUUUUAUAAUUUUAAAUGAAACGAUAAGAAACAAAUGCUUAUAACUACUUACUAUUGUAAUGUAUGUAUGUAAUAUUGAAGUUGCGCUCAGCUGCUUUUUGCGGAAGCAAUUAAAUUGUGUAAUCAAAAUUCUAAAGUAAACAACAAAAACAAAAACAAAUUAAAUAAGCAACCAAAACCAAUCAUGAGUAUCUAGCAUGUAUAAAAAGUAAGCAAAAUUAAACGAAAAACAAACCAAGCAAAGUGAAAACGAUUUUGUGUGCAUUGUUAAGCGUUAAUUUUGAUUUGCGAAAAUAAAUUUUCAGUUUUGUUACGCACUCGAACCAAA